AUGCAAACUUUCAAGUGUGUUGUCGUCGGCGAUAAUGCCGCUGAUAAGACUCAUUUAUUAAUAUCCUUCGUAAAUGAUAUAUUUCCUGGUGAAUAUAUACCAACAGUAUUUGAUAAUUAUUUUCAUAAUGUGACAGUUGAUGGGAAAUCUAGUACACUUGCCCUAUUUGAUACAGCUGGCCAAGAAGAUUAUGACCGUCUCCGUCCAUUAUCUUACAAAGAUACUGAUGUUUUUCUUAUUUGCUUUUCUCUCAUUGAUCCAACUUCGUUCGAAAAUGUUUACGUGAAAUGGUACCCUGAAGUCAAGCAUCAUCGUCCUCAUACGCCAAUUAUAUUAGUCGGUACAAAACUUGAUUUACGUAAUGAUAAAAAUGUCAUUGAAAAACUCACAGAAGAGAAAUUAACGCCAAUAACAAGCUUUCAAGGUGAAGCAAUGCGUCGAAAAAUUCGUGCAUUUGGAUAUUUGGAAUGUUCUGCAUUAACAAAGCAAGGUCUGAAGACCGUAUUUGACGAAGCAGCACGUGCUUGUCUAUGUUCAAAACGAAAAAAUUGA